AUGACUUGCUCUAUGCGUGGACCCGCUCUCAGCCGCAAGGGGAAGGAGAAGGAGGUCAGCUGGGCCGACGAUGAUAAUGGUGCCGACUCCGGUGCCGAGGAAGGAGAGAUUAAGCAGCCGUCUUCCAAGAAGGCGCGCGGCUCGUCUCCCAAAGUGUUGAGCACUUUCCCAGUGCCGACCACUCGCGAGCAGUGGAUUGACAUCCGCAACACGUCCACUGUGGGUAUGCUUGCCCCGGAUCUCACCAUCGAUCAGGCUCACCGUCUCGGGAUGGGAUUCCGGUCCUUCUUCGGUUCUGGCUCUGCCACGGACCCUUUCCAGCCCCUGUCUCAGCUUGAUGCUGCUUCCCAGGCGCUUGUCCCGGCUGCGCCGGCGUCCUCGAAACAGGUCGCCAAGGCCGCGCCCCCCGUCGCCCCAGCUCAGGCCACUGCGCCCAAGCCAAAGCCUCCCCCGUCUGCGCAUAUCCGCCAGGGCAACAGUAAGGACGGAGCGAAGACGAUCAUCAUUCAUCUCACCCAGUCCCUCUCCGAGUCCAUCACACCCAUCAGCACGGAGGACUUCGUCAAUUGGUUCAACCUGGCCCUCAAGGCUAAGGGGAAGAUCAAUCAGGCUGUCGGUGCUAACAUCAAGCAAUCCGGCUAUCGGGACGUGUUUGUCGCUUGUGUGAACUGUCCUGACCAUGAUGAGUUCGAGGCGAUCACUGCGGCGGUUACCGAGAAGCUUCGCGCGCUGAUUCCGCACGAUGAUGUUGGGAUUCAGGUCGAGUACCAGACGGUGCUCACGUCUAUGGCAAUACGUGACUGCAGGUGGAGUUACAAGGACGCCCGGAACACGCUUCAGAACCGCGGCUCAGAUUAUUUCUGGAACACGCUGAACGAAGCUGCCAAGGUCGAUAAGCACACCCGCAAUUUCGUGGAGGCAUGCAUACCGUUCCACAACUUGCCGAACGCUCGGCUGGAAGGCAGAAACGGAGGAGGCAACAUUUUCUGGAAACGGAACAUGCAAAAGGCCUGGUUCGACAAUGCGGUCAAGGGCAUUGAGAAGGUGGUCGACCAACAGAAGCACGUUGAUAACGUGAUCCGCACCCUCAGAACCAAGGCUAAGCGCGUGGCGAAAGCUGCCGCUGACGAUGUUGCUUCUGGAUCUGGUGAGACCUUUGAGGCUCGCAUCGGAGAGGUCACGGGCAUGCCCGUUGAUCAAUCCUAA